GAUCUGGUUUACUGCCGUUACUUGUACAAAGAUUACAUUCUGGAAGAUGAACCACAGCAACUGGAGCCAUGUUGAGUUCAUCCUGCAAGGAGUCCCCAAUGGGGAUGGCCACCACCUGGUGAUCUUCUUCGCCUUCAUGUUAGUGUACAUCGCCAUCUUGUUGGCCAAUGGGACCAUCAUGUACCUGAUCAAGACGGAGCCCAGGAUGCACGGCCUCAUGUACUACCUGCUCUGCCUGCUGGCCCUGAUCGACGUUGUCCUGGGGAACGUGACCAUCCCCAAGCUGCUGGCCAUGUACCUGUCGCGCUCCAUGCUCAUCUCCCUGGAGGCCUGCGCCACCCAGAUGUUCUUUGUCUACUGCACGGCCCUGAGCGAGUCCACCCUGCUGGUGGCCAUGGCGUACGACCGUUACGUGGCCAUCUGCCACCCCUUCCGCUACCACCAGCUGACCCUGCCGCGGGUCCUGCUGGCCGUCGGGGGGGUGGUCCUCCUGCGGGCCGCGUGCUUCGCUGCCGUGGCUGCCCUGCUGACCCGGGCCACCUACUGCCGCUCCAACUACAUCGAGAACUGCUACUGCAACUACGGCUCGCUAUCCAAGCUGGCGUGUAGCGGGACCCUGGCCAGCGAUGUCAUCACCUACCCCUUGUCCUUCCUCAUCACCCUGCCCGACAGCUCCCUCAUCGGCUACUCCUACUACAAGAUCUUCAGGGUGGCGUCGAGGAGCGGCCGGGGGGAGGCGCGCACCAAGGCCCUCAACACCUGCACCACCCACAUCUGCGUCCUGCUCCUCUUCUACACAAGCGCCCUCUUCGAGUUCGUCAUGUACCUGGUUCCCGCGCUCUUCUCCGCUGAGCUCCACUUUGUGGUGGCUGUCACCUUUGUGAUCUUCCAGCCCAUCUUCAACCCCGUCAUCUACGGAGUGCGGACCACCGAGAUCAGGAACGCCUUCCUCAAGCUGCUGGGCCGCAAGAGGAUCGCGGCCGACGGCUCUUGAACCUGGCCGAUGCCUGCACAGAGGAGAGGGGAGUCC